GCUUGGGCCGGCUUCCAGUCUCUCCUCCAGGCACCCCGUGCCCCCAAGACGGUUGACCUGAUCAUCGCCCGGUGCAAGUCACCUCUUCAGUGGCUCUGGGAGCUGGACUACCCUGCGGGCAGCCGCGUCUUCGUGUACGACAAGUGCAACCGUGGGCUGGAGGAGUUUCGGGCUCAGACGUCCGGCUUGGAGGGCAUCGUCUCCUUGGAGUACCGCCAGGUGGCUGAGGUCUCCGAGGUAAUCAUGACCGGAGAGUGCACUGCGUACCUCGCACACCUCGCUGCCGGGAUCCGCACGGCUGACUUCACCAUCUUCCUGCACGACGACGCGCCGCGGCACAUCCGCAUGCCGCUGCUGUCCAUGGUUCUCAGGGCUCUCCGGGCAGGAACCUACGAGGUACCUUUCCUGCACCUCGCGCAUGAGCGAUAUCCCUCGUACCGCACCCCUUGCUUGAAGGAGGUGCAUCGGCAAGCUCUCCGGGUCGAACUACCGGACCGCUUGGGCACCUACUGCUGUAGCCACUUCGUGGUCCGCAGGGACCGCAUCGAGGCACACGACCCCGAGUUCUACCAGCACUUGGGAGACAUGGUUUCGCAGGCUACUUAUGGCAGCGACCGCGGCGGCGCGUGCCGCGUCGGGUCCAAGCCCUGCUACGUCAUGGAGUUCCUUUGGCACGUCGUCUUCGGCGAGCCCGGGGAGCUACCGCCGCGUGAAGAGGAUGGGCGGCUGCCACUUGCUCUGCGCUACGAGGGCGGCCGGGCCUCGCGGAUGCCGUCGCCACUGAGGCUCGCUCCAUACAUGGAGCUCUUCCAUGCGAGCCGGUACUCCAUGAAGCUCCUGCAACAGUGA